UGCAAGCGCAUAGGAGUCUGUGUUGGAAAAAUCAUUCGCCGAAAAACAAAAUAGCUGCUUUAAUUAAAGCAGGUGAUCUGAAGCCAUGCCUGAAUUACUGAAUGGGACCACCGUCAUUGGCACCAAUGGGGUCAUUCCCCACUCCCCAGUACAGGAGGCAGAGUACGGGGAAUAUCGGAGCGUGAUUGAGCGCAUCAACCAGAGGAUCCAGUCGGGGGAUCCCUUUUAUUCUCUCGAGUUCUUCCCACCAAGGACAGCUAAUGGGGCAGUCAACCUUGUUAGUAGGAUAGAGAGAAUGAGUGAGGGUGGCCCCCUGUUUUGUGACAUCACCUGGCACCCUGCAGGUGACCCUGGGAACACAGAGAAGCCUACGAGCUCCACGUGUAUGGCAGUCACCAUGCUGAACUACUGUGGCGUGGAGACAAUGCUCCACAUUACCUGUAGCAACCAGGAUGAAGACGAAAUAAAGAGGAACUUGAAAAAGGCCAAGGACAUGGGACUGAAGAACUUGUUGGCUCUUAGAGGGGAUCCCCCAGAUGGUGGGUUAACUUGGACAAAACAAGAGGAGGGACUGAACUAUGCCACAGAUCUGGUCAAACUGAUCAGGAAGGAACAUGGGGAUCAUUUCACCAUUUGUGUGGCUGGGUACCCAACUGGACAUCCAGAAUGUACUUCUUAUGCAGAAGAUCUGCGUCAUCUGAAAGAAAAAGUGGAUGCUGGUGCAGACUUUAUCAUAACACAGUUGUUUUUCAAAGCAGAGACUUUCUUUCAAUUUGUUCGUGACUGUAGAGAGAUAGGAAUUACCUGUCCAAUAAUACCAGGUGUCCUUCCAAUUCAGGCCUACCAGUCCCUCAGACACAUUGUGAAAUUGUCACGAUUAGAAGUACCAAAGGAGAUUCUGGAUGCUAUUGAACCGAUUAAAGACAAUGAUGAGGCAAUCAGAAACUACGGUGUGGAACAAGCAUUCCAAAUGUGUCGUGAACUUCUCAAACAUGAGGAUGUGCAUGGUGUUCACUUCUAUACACUCAACAGGGAAGUCGCAACCAUUGAAAUCCUCAAAAGACUUGGCAUGUGGGUGGAGGAGCCUUGUAAACCAUUGCCAUGGAAACAGACUGCCAAUUAUGUGCGUUGUAAAGAGGAUGUGCGACCAAUCUUCUGGCGAUCUCGACCAAAGAGUUACAUUUACAGAACUUCAAACUGGGAUGAGUUUCCCAAUGGUCGCUGGGGGAACUCCUCAGCAGCUUCUUUUGGAGAUCUUACAGACUACUACUUGUUUUAUAUGAAGCAUAAACCUCCCAAAGAGGAUCUCCUCAAAAUGUGGGGAGAGGAAUUGAACUCGGAGCAGGAUGUGUGGGAUGUGUUUCAGUGUUACAUAUCUGGAUGUUCCAAUAAGGAUGGGGUCAAGGUUCGGUCUAUGCCAUGGAAUGAUGAUGAAUUGUCACCAGAGACGGGUUUUAUUAAGGAGCAACUUGAAGCCAUCAACAAACGUGGAGUUCUCACCAUCAACUCUCAGCCCAAUGUCAAUGGAGCUCCCUCCUCAGACAGCAAACUGGGCUGGGGGUCACCCAAUGGCUACAUCUACCAAAAGGCAUACUUGGAAUUCUUCACAUCUAAAGAAAACGGUAUUGCUCUGAAGAAAAUAUUGAAAAACUUUCCCCUAGUCAACUAUCAUAUAGUGGAUAAGAAUGGUGAGGCAGACUACACAAACUGUGAUCUCACUACUCCUAUAGCAGUCACCUGGGGAGUGUUCCCUGGUAAAGAGAUUAUACAACCAACAGUGGUGGAUCCUAUUGCCUUCAAAACCUGGAAGGAUGAAGCCUUUGAAUUGUGGAAACACCCCUGGGGUAACCUUUACUCAGAAGGAUCGCAGUCUAGAAAAAUCAUUGACCAUAUUUUUAACAGUUAUUACUUGGUUAACUUGGUGGACAAUGACUUUCCAAAGGAAUCUUGUUUGUGGAAAAUUGUAGAACAAAUGCUGGAGGAGGGAAAACGGACAACGUCCACUCCAGAACAGAUGGAAGUUAAUGUAUAAUAGUAAGUCAGAACAAAAUGAAGACUGUUUGUACAGAUUGUGCAUAAUCCAUAAUCCGUGACAAAGACAACUUUAGUGCAUCUCAUUAAAAAGUUUUUUUUCUGGGAUCAAAAUUUUCUUGUUUUAAAAAUCCAGUUGCUUUACAUGUAGAAUUUAAGUUAUUUUGUGCUUGUUAAACACUCCCUCAUAAAAAUCUACUUGCAUUGGAAUAUAUUUUUUAUUUACCUAUAUCCAGUAUUAGAUACUGACUGUUAAUGUAUUUUUAAUGUGGACUAGAGUGGUGAUAUGUUAGGAUACAAUCAAUAGAUGUGAUAGGAUAAAGAAAUGGCAUGUUGUUGUUAUCUUCUAUUUACAAAAUUGAUAUCUCACUUUUAUAGGAUUAUUUUUGUUCUUUGAUGUAAUAUGUACCUGAUCAUUUUUUUUUUACAUGAUAAUUAAUAUUGUAUUAUAAAGCCUAUGUAAAGAGUUGUUUAAAGGAAUGCUUAAUUGAUUUUUAAGUUCACCACAAGAAUUCAUUGGACUGACUAAACGAAUGGAUUUUGGUGUGGUCUGGUGGAUUUAUGAUACUUACUGUUUUUUGUAUAAAAACAAGGUUUUUUUUUUUUUUUUUAGAUGUUAUUGUUUGACCUCCAUGUGUUUUCAUAAUUUUGAAUAGUAAUUUGGACAACAGAUUGUUAAAGUUAAAUACUGCUAAAUAACCCCUUGUUUUGUAGUAAAACUUGUCUAAUCAGGGCACUAAUGGUUCCAGAUGAGACAACAUUCCAGAUUAGAGAAUAUUUUUAAACAAAUGAAUUUACCUGAAGUUUUCAUUAUAAUACAUAAGAUUUUGGAAUACUCGGUACACACCAUCCAGAUUAUACAUGUUUUACUGUCCAAUGUAUUUAAUUUUGGGAGGGUCCCAGUGAGGUUUUCCUUUAUGUGUGUGUGUGGACUGUAGAAAAAUCCUCUGCUUUAUAGUCUGUAUUUAAAGAAAAUGCAGCUUAAGAAAUGUGCAAUUUGAUUCUAAGCAAGUUGUUGCUUUGUUCAUUUCUCUUCAAAGAGUGUUCAGUGAAAUACUCCGGUGAAAGUAAAUACCGGUACUUCCUCUGCAACUCUAUAAACUUUGAUGUAAAACAGAGCUCCAAUGCAUUUUGUAUUAGAGAACUAUAUUAUACAUGUAGAUGUGGCUCUAAGUACCUGUGUGUAAUGUGACAGUUGUAUAUUCAUGUAAAUGUAUUUAAUAUGUAGACUGAUAUGUAAAAAAAAUACUGUUGUCUGUAUUACACAUAAUGUUUUGAUGCAAUACUUUUAUAGUAAGAAUUCAAAGAUAAUAAAGGAUUGGAAAAGUAA